AAACAAAGUGGAAAUUGUCGUAAACUAGACUAGCACUAGCUUAAGUGAUCAUUUAUAUCAGAGAAACGUCAUCCAAUGGACAAAAUAAAUCAGAUGCCCAUUUCUGCGAGUCAAUGCCGUAUUUGUCUAGAUGAAUGCGACACUGGCGCUAUGCAAGCACUUUUUACAGAAUAUAAGGAUUCCGCAGCAAAAAGUGAGAAUACGAGCGACACCAAUUAUGACAAGUGGCGUUUGAGUAGCAAAAUAGAAUACUGUUGUGGAAUCAAGAUUCGUCAGGCAUCCCACUUGCCAUCCAAAGUCUGCAAAAGAUGCUGUGAUUUUAUAAGCAUGUGGUUCAGCUUUCGGCAAAUGUGUCUUAAUACACAAGUGUAUUUGGAGAGCACGUAUAUCCAUGAAGAAAAACCCAAUGAUCUGAUCGAUGCUAGCGACACCGAGUAUAUGCAAUACCUAUAUGAGACCUUGCAGUUGGCUUCAUGCGAAACUUACCAAACGAACGAAGAACUCCAAACUGGUGACGCUGCACUUAUAGAGAGUGAUUAUGUUAUGGACUACGACGAGGAAAACUAUGUGGCAGACGUAUUAUCAGCAGAAGACCAGGUCGAAUGCGCUAAAGAAGAUGUGCAAGGAAUAGUAACUAAACUGGAGGCAUACGAGCAAAAUGAGGACGAACAAAUCGAAGUUGAGCAUACAUACACUUAUCAAGAUGAAGGCCAAGAAGUGGAAGUGGACCUACCGCUCAAAGUGGAGGAAGGUGAAGUAGAUUACGAGGACUUUCUAUCACCAACACCCUCGCCUGAGCCAGAACAAAGCAGUGAAAUGGUUAAACGCAAACCAGGACGCCCACGCAAGCCAGACAGUGAGCUAAAGUCCAAACGAAAGAAUAAAAGCGACUCACAAAUGAAAAACGAGCAGCGAAGUGAGGAUAUCACUAAAUACAUAUGCAAUCUCUGCGGUAAUGUCUAUCCAAAGAAGGCAGCAUUUACGGCCCACAUGAUGGCGCACACCGACUACAAGCCACAUCAAUGCGAAAUCUGCUCCAAGUCUUUUCGUCAAAUGGGAGAACUGCGCGCUCAUAUACGACGUCAUACUGGAGAGCGGCCCUACAAGUGUUUAUACUGCGAUCGCUUCUUUUAUGACCGUAGCGAAAAGGUUCGCCACGAACGAGUGCAUACCAAUACGAGGCCUUAUGAGUGCAAGGAAUGCGGCAAAACCUUUACACACACGGCUAUUUUGAAAAAUCACAGUCUGGUUCACUCUGGCGAGAAGAAUUUUAACUGCACCGUUUGCUCCAAGUCGUUUACACUUCUCCACCAGCUGAAGGCGCAUUUGCAAACACUGACACACCGAAGCAAAGAGAACCAAUCCCUUACGACCUCCAACACCUACAUACUUCAUACUGAGUAAUUUAAGCUAGGCGGUAAUUUAAAUAUAAUAUCA